AUGACUCACAGUUUUUCAAAGAGAUUGCCUUUGUUCUACAUCAAAGUGUAUAAGAUUGUGGAUGAUCCUUCUCUCGAUCCAAUCAUCUCUUGGGGCAAAAGCAACAAGACCUUCAUCGUUUGGGAUCUCAAAGGGCUUUGCAGAGAAAUUCUCCCGAAAUACCCUGGACUGGGCAGGAACCACACACAAUUUGUCUCACAACUUGAGUAUUACGGGUUUGAAAGAGUCAUUGGGGCAGGAAAAUUGGAAUUUGGACAUGAUUAUUUCGUGAGAGGGAAGCCUCAUCUUCUGAAAAAGAUGUGGAUACAAGCUUUGUCAAUUGAGAAAAUUGAAGCUAUUUUUGAAGCAAAUAUUGCUCGAUUUAGAGCAAAGACUGAGAAAACUAAUCUUGAAACAAAGAUUGCUCGAAUCAGAACAAUGAUUGCUCGAUUCAAAGCAAGCCAAGAUAGAGUCAAAGUAGAUAGAGUCAAAGUAGAGGAUCUCUUGCAAAACUUACGAAUCUGA